CGUACAGCUGCGAACACAACAAUCUUAUUCCUCAUAAACAGAUGUACAAAAUUUCAUCGGCUUUACAACUUUAGUUCAUUUUAACCAGAUUCCUUGACCAAAAGUAUGAACUAGACACAAUGGCAACAACCAGCUUUAGUUUACCAGGCCGGCGUAUCGAUGGCAGAAGAUUUUUGGAGGUUGCUUAUGAUUUGAUGAUCUUUAGAAAGUUUGAGGAUGUUCUUAGCAUGUGUAAUUUUGGAUCCUCAAAUGGACAAAGCGCAAUGGAGAUUGUCUUCCCGCAGAACUAUCAAGGAGCAACUGGAGGUUUACUCGAUGGUGAAAAGGACUCUAAAGAGGACGAAAGUGGGGAAGCUGCAGAAAUUAUCUGGAGAAGGAAGUUUAAUGAGUCGGUCUGCAUUUUGGCCAUUCAAGCCUACGCUGAAACCGACCAAUGGGAAUGUGUUCAUCAAUUCCUGAAACAAUAUUACGAAUCAUGGACAAGAUAUCCACUGACUAUCGUUAAGUUAUGCAUUCUUCUACAUGCCAAAGUUCAGGACUUCACCACAGCAGAAAACCUCGCAGUGGACUGGCUGUCUGACACAGCCAACCAAACACAUCCACAGUACUCCAUCAUCAUGGAACUACUCAUCACCCAGAUUCUACUGCCACAAACUAAACUAGACCAAGCCAAGGCGCUGGUUGAACUCAAUUCUGGAUUGAGCCCAGAGAAGAAGAUGAGUUUCUUGAAAUACUUGGAGAAAGUUGAGGAGGAUUUGCAGAUAAGGAAGAUUUCAGAAAAAGAUCAGGUUUCAGUGAAUGACUAUUCAGCUUCGACCCUAAUGCGCAUCAUUCAACGAAUCGGCCAGUUGAUUACUAGACUUGUACCAGUCACUGGAUUUGGCUACAUCAGGGACAUCGCCUGCCUGGGAUUCUUCAUCUAUCUUAUUGCUAUCAGAACAAACCUAGCAUCCCCAUCCAGUACAUCCUAUGCUGCAGUACUAUGGAGUGGAAUUGUACGGAUUUGGCGUUCGCUAUUUGCACCCUUCCAUCUGAUGCCCAAAGCAUGAUGGGUACCCACAAUGCAGCAGGAAUCCCACAAUGCAGCAGGCUUCCUUCACCAAUGACUCAUCAAAAAGUGCAGCCCAAUAUACUUCAGAGCUUUGCCGAGUGUCCAAUGCACUGGCUUUGCAAUAACACCACUGACAAAACAAGGCAAAUAGUUUGUGGAAUUUUCAGAAAGAGAAGGGAAACGUGUAUCAAAACAUGGGAAGAUAUAAAAAGAAUGAUUUGGAAGCCUUUAUUUGUAAGGGGGUUCAUACCUAUGGUCCCCAAUACCGAUGUUCCCCGAAACCCUAACCCUGAUCCUAAGGAUUUCGGGGAACAUCGGGUAGACCCCUUUGUAAGCAAGCCUGCCUACACUUGUCCACUGUGCAAUAAUAAAAGUAUGCAAAAAUACUGAAAGCGAUAAUUUGAAAGCUUUAUUGUCAAAGUUGUCUGUCUGUCUCAGACCGUAGUCUCAAAGCAUAGGCCAGUUCUUCUAUUAUUUAAAACAAAACAUACACUUUCAGUAGGAAGCAGACUUUGACUGAAGUUUCUGUUUUAUCAAUGGAUUUUUUUUAUAAAGCCCAUGGUCAAAGAUAUUAAGUUUAAUUCUUGUGUGCUCAAUCUGAAAACAUUAAAAGAUUUUCAAAGUUAUUCACCCAGAAAGUACACUUGUUGACAUUGCUAGUUUAGUAAUUUUCAAGAGGAUAAACGUUAUUCACUUUUUGAAUGAGACUUCAAACAAAAUCAGCCCUUGUUUAGUAAUGGAAUAACUUUCCAACUGUCAAAUUAUUCAGUUCCCGCAUGGUAGGAACCAGUCUUGCAAGGUGAAUUUGUGUGCAAAUAGCAACCAAAAAUAAAAAAACCUUCUUUUUAGAGGGAUGCAGAAGCCCAAGAGAAAAAAAGUUUUAAAAAAUAAAAUGUACACGCUACAAAUUAUGUAGAGCAAUGUUUAGUUUGCUUCAGAGCACUGACAGUACAUGUGCAUCUUUGUAUUAACUUUGAAAGAUUAUUGAAUAACUGUCUGUGACAAGUUACAUAAUUUAGAUGCAAGUCUUCCAUAAAUUGUGGACAUUUUGCUCAGAGUUUUAUUUUAUAGUUUUGUUUUUCUUUGAGGGGAAUAAAAAAAUUAUCAUACAAUUUAAGCUUUAGAUGUUUGUUUGCUUUUAUCAACAUUUAUCGCUUGUUUAAAAGUCUAUGCUUUGGUGACAGUACUUAACUUGUAAUGGUAACAUUUUAUAUUUUAAUUGAAAGUACAAUUCAUGAAAUGAAUUUGAAAUGAAGUUGUACACAGUAAUUACUGCAUGAAGUUUAAUGUUUUCCUCAUUGUAAAAAUGUAAGAACAAACACAAUACUAAAGUCAUUUUUAAGACAACGUACUAUUUAAAUCGGAGUAAGAAACUUGCCAUUUUUUGCCAUUUUAGGGAUUUGGGGAAUUUCAGAGUGAUUUUUGAAAGAUUUUCUGUUUUUGGAAAAGUAAGAAAUUUACUGAUGAUUUAUUUCAAUUUUUUGGGGGGGUAAAAAUAUUCUUGUAUUGGUUGAAAAGCAGAUGCUAAGGCCCUGAUGCUAAGGUUUCAGGCAUAGAUUGUGGAGAGUAUUUUUUGUUUUAUUAAGUCUGAUCUUGUCCAGGUUCAACCAAACUUUGUACUGUAUAAUCUCACCAUGCAAUGCCUCGCGACCAAAGCAGAGUCACGUACAUGUAUGAACACGUCCUAGUGUGAAAUAACUUCACAGGGAAUUACUGUAACUCAUACAAUGUGUUAAUAAAAUGCUGUAAAUGCUCAAUCAUUGCAUAAACAUGA